AUGGCCUUCAAGUUCGUAGCCUUCGCCACCCUCGUGGCCGCCGUUAAUGCUGGUUUGAUCCCAGCCUCCCCUGUGGCUUAUGCUACGGCUCCAGUAGCUGCAGUGGCUCCAGUAGCUGCAGUGGCUCCAGUAGCAAAAGCUGUAGUAGCUAAAGCCGUUGAUGCCGACUACGAUCCGCAUCCCCAAUAUAGCUACGCUUACGACGUGCACGACAGUCUAACUGGUGAUGCUAAGAACCAACAGGAGACUCGUGACGGCGAUGUCGUUCAGGGUAGCUACUCUCUUCUCGAAGCUGAUGGCUCCAGACGCACCGUUGACUAUACCGCUGAUCCUGUAAAUGGAUUCAAUGCCGUUGUACGCAAAGAACCCGCUACCGUCGCUGUUAAAGCCGUAGCUGCUGCUCCAGUAGCUCACGUUGCAACCCCAGUUGCCCACGCAGCUCCUCUGGCCUAUGCCGCACCAGUAGCUAAGAUUGCUGCCGCCCCUGUUGCUCACGCUGCUCCUUUCGCCUAUGCUGCAGCACCAGCAUACGCCAAGUUAGCAGCUGCCCCAGCUCUUAGCUACGCCGCAACUCCGCUGCAACCAGCUUACACUAAAUUUGCCGCUGCGCCAGCUGUCACUUACGCCGCCCAUGCCACACCCAUCGCCUAUGCCGCUCAUCCUGCCUCCCUUGCCAAGUUUGCAGUUACCCCAGCCGUCUCUUACGCUGCACCAACUCUUUACCAUUAAGUCCACACUUGCCUCCACGCACCACGUUGUUGUCGACUAAGGCCGAAUCUUAUUUAUUUUUCUUAGCAGACUACAUGUGACUGAUUAAAUUGAGUUACUAAUCUAA